CGCUCCCUGACGGAAGGGGCCGGGGGCUCCACCGAACCCCCCCGCGCCUCGGCGGGACCGGAGGCGGCCGCUGGCGGAGCCCGGGCCCAGGGGCUCGGGGCGUCUUCCCGCCGCUCUCCGACUCCUUGGCGCCCCUCGUCGGUCGGAGAGGAGUGGGGCGGCGGUGCCCCCUCCCCGGGCAGGGCCUUGGGGCCGCGCCCCGCGGCCGCCGCCACCCCUCCCCCCGGCCGGCCGGCCUCCCCGCGCCGCGCCCCGCCUCCCGCCCUCCGCAGCGUCGCCCAGCCGAGCUAGAAGAAGGGGAAUGGGCGGUCCCGGCUCUUAGCCCCCGGCUGCGGCUGCUCCUCCUCCCGGGUCGCAGCGUCUCGGUGGCCUCCGCCCGAUGCUGGCGGAGCUGGCUGGGGUCUCCGCAGCAGCGUUGUGAGCGCUCCUGCCGUCCCGCAGCCGCCAUGUCCGGCGUGGUGCGCACCCUGAGCCGCUGCCUGCUGCCGGCCGAGGCCACGGGCCGCACCGGGGAGCAGCCGCGGCGGGAGGGCAAGGAGCGGAGCCGCGAUGCGGAGCGGGAGGCGCGGCGGCGGAGCCGGGAGAUCGACGCGAUGCUGGCCCGGGAGAGACGGGCCGUGCGCCGUCUGGUCAAGAUCCUGCUGCUGGGCGCCGGCGAGAGCGGCAAGUCCACCUUCCUCAAGCAGAUGAGGAUCAUCCACGGCCGCGAGUUUGACCAGAAGGCGCUGCUGGAGUUCCGGGCCACCAUCUACGAGAACAUCCUCAAGGGCUGCAGGGUUCUGGUUGAUGCACGGGACAAACUGGGGAUCCCUUGGCAGUACACAGAGAAUGAGAAGCAUGGAAUGUUUUUGAUGGCUUUUGAAAACAAAGCUGGAAUGCCCAUCGAGCCUGCCACCUUCCAGCUGUACGUACCUGCCCUGGGCGCGCUAUGGAGGGAUUCAGGAAUCAAGGAAGCCUUCAGCCGUCGGAGCGAGUACCAGCUGGGCGAAUCGGUGAAAUACUUCCUGGAUAACCUGGAUCGGAUCGGUCAGCUGAAUUAUUUCCCCAGCAAACAAGAUAUUUUGCUGGCUAGAAAAGCCACCAAGGGAAUAGUAGAGCAUGAUUUCAUCAUUAAAAAAAUACCUUUCAAGAUGGUGGAUGUGGGUGGACAGAGAUCUCAGCGUCAAAAGUGGUUCCAGUGCUUUGAUGGAAUAACUUCAAUUUUGUUCAUGGUCUCCUCCAGUGAAUACGAUCAGGUUCUCAUGGAAGACAGGCGCACAAAUAGACUUGUGGAGUCCAUGAAUAUCUUUGAGACAAUAGUCAAUAACAAGCUUUUCUUUAACGUUUCUAUUAUCCUAUUCCUCAACAAGAUGGAUCUUCUUGUAGAGAAGGUAAAGACUGUCAGCAUUAAGAAGUAUUUCUCGGACUUCAAAGGCGACCCUCACAGGCUAGAAGACGUUCAGCGUUACCUGGUGCAGUGCUUUGACAGAAAGAGGAGGAACCGUAGCAAGCCACUCUUCCACCACUUCACCACUGCCAUAGACACUGAGAACAUCCGCUUUGUGUUCCAUGCCGUGAAGGACACCAUCCUUCAAGAGAACCUGAAGGAUAUUAUGUUGCAGUGAAGGAGAGCAGCCGAUGGUCUGUUGAAAUUGGCCGGAGGGUUAGAUCAAAGUUUUUAUCCUUUCUUUGUGGCCCUUGCAUGUGGUGUAGGACCCAUGCUCGUUUCUUGGCUCAGGAAUGCUGUAAACUAGCCAGUCCAAACAUAGGAGCUGUAGGCCGAAGGAGCCAAAUGUUGAUGUUAGCUACUGAAUCAUUUGGACUAGAAACACUACUGAAACCUGGCCAUUGUAGGUUCUGUACCUAGUUUGGAAUGCUGAAUAAUACAACCACCUUCUGCCUUCUUAGAACAAAGGAACCUCUGAGAAACUAUGUACGGAAGACACAUUGUUUUCAGUGAAUAUGCUCAUUUUUCAGAGACACUAGUCAUACAAACUGCCUUUUUUUUUAUAGUUUGGAGGUGCUGAAUCGAUCAAACUAAUCUAAAUGUAAUGAGAUUGGCAGCUGUGUUGGAGAAGGUUAAUAGAAUUUUCAAUCUUAACCAUCAGAUCAUGUGUGCAUGUUCAACUUUGCCAAAGGUCUGGAAUCCACGUAUCAACGUGGAUGCACAGCUCUUGUCUGAAGGCUUUGCUUGAGUCUCCGGAGGCAAAAGUCUAAAACUGUGUGAGGAAACCCGUGUUGGAGUAGAUUGGAUGAGAAGUUCAGGCCUUGCUGACAUGGAGAAGGGGUAAUUUUGCACUAUGUGUGGAGGGUAUUACAUCAUGGUAGAACUGAUUUCCUUGGUGAAGCAGCCUAUGCUAGAGCACCUGGCCGUGUGUCUGCACAGCGGGUGCUCAAGGAAGAUGUAGUUCAUGGACAUCCAGCCCAGUUCUCUCCCCUGCAGUUGGCAGAGUUUGUGAAGGUCCAGUGUCUCACAUGACAGGGCUUUGUCAGUAUUCAGAAGUUUGAAAGCUGAUUAAACUCGUAGGCAGAGUUUUUGGUAGUACAGCAGCUGCUUGAUUAGUUCCCAAGAGCUGACCUUGAAGGAAAACUGAACACUCUAGAGAUCCCACUUUUACAGCUGCACUGAUGUAUUUGGACAGCAAAACCUUGCUGUAAAAUUAGCCUUUAAUCUGUGUCUUAAUGGGAUCUUUAGCCUAUAGUAAUGCACACAUAAUUCUGAGUACAGUCAAGCUUGGAGCUGCCCGUCUGGGGCAAUGGUUUGUGUGUAAAACUGCAAGAGGCUCUGAAUAAUAUUGAUAUGAACUGUUAAUUUCCUAGCUCUCAAUCUGUGUAACUAACUACCAGGUGCCUUUAUUGUGUACAAACAUAUUUGAUCUUUUCUACUGAAGUGGGGUACGUGGACAACCUGAAGAUCUGCCUUUUAUAUCAACAUUGUAGUGUUAUCUGUUAGGUAAUUUUUCAAACGUAGCUUCCUGUGCAAGAAUAAAACCUGAGGGGUUGUUUGUACCCAUGAAAAGUCAGCAGAUUCCCUGGAGUUCUUCUCCUCUUUGAGCCUAUAAUGGCAUGUCAAAACAAGCAACGUUUUACUUCAGCUGGUAAUCUCAUGGGAAAUGUGGUCAAAAAAAGUCCUGUUCUGUUGUCCUUUCAUGUUAAUUUGGAUAAAAUCUGGAAUCUUUCUUCCCCUCUGAAGCUUGCAGAUGUUCAUAUCAGUAUUUUGCUGUGGUUUCCUAAUGUAGCAGACUCUUGGCUUUCUUUGUGCAGACUUCAGGGUGGAGAAGAUGUGGCUGUUUCAGUGCUAUGUCACUUGCACAGUAUCGAGGUAAGAAGCAACUGAAAAGUUGCAGAUGGGAAAAUCUAACUUAAAUUUGAGCAAACUUAAACAGGAAUUCUCUUCCUUCUAACAAGUCUUAUUUUUGCCAGGACCAAUUCUGUCUUUUAAAUAUUUAUUCAUUUUGAACCUUGAAAGGGGAAAUGUUAUGUGACUCUAAUAUUCAGAUGGGGGGAAACUCUUUAAGAUUAUUACAUUUGAGAAGGUAAAUGUUUCAACACACAAUGAUGCAAACAAGUUUGUUCAUCAUAGAAGGUUCAUUUCUCUAAGCUAGCCCAUUUGUUUGGCUGAAGACUAACACUGUUUCCAAAGCUUUCAGAUAUUCUUGGAGUUCUUGGUAGUGAUUUCCCCUUCACACAAUACACUGGGAAAGAGGAGGUAGUUGUGGGCUGACCUGACUUCUAGGUUGACUUGACUUUAUUUCCUAGUUUGCAGUGAGCUUUAUUCUUUACUAAAUUUUCUAGAUGGAUUAAUAUUAUGCUUGGUUUCUCAAAUGAGUUAAACAUUCCCUUCCAACUGUAUUUUUUCUCAAGAAUUACCUCAGUUUUAUGUCUGAAUCUACUGUAGUUUUACCUGGGAGGCAUAGCGUGGAAUUUCCUGUUCCAUUUUUCUGUUCAUGUUCAUCCUUGGUUUUCUAUUCCUGGUCACCUUAUGGAUUUAAAACUCUGAACAGAACUAAUAAUGAAACUUAUAUUUUAAGUAACUUAAUCUGCACCUGGAAAAGGAACAGUGAGAAGUAUCUCAUUGAGCUCUCAAGCAUUUUUUGGUAUGUUAUGGCAGUUUUGCACACUAAAUCAGAGUUCUGGGGAAGCAGUUUGAUCACUUCAGGUCCAUUAUUGCCUUCUUUCUUAUUGAUAAAAUGGGCCAAAGUGUGAUGCUGUAGACUGCAAAAACAAGUAAUUUGGCUCUGGAGGCUGUGUUCUGACAAAUGUUGGUAGUGAUGGUUCACACCAGGAACCCAAGAUCAGGAAACUCUUCUUACAAACAUCAAGCACUUCCCAAAUUAGCAAAGGAUCUGGCCUAUGAGUAAAAAAGACUUUUUUUCUUCAAGUGGCAGCUUUCUCUGCAAAAAUACACUUCCCUUCUUGCCACAACUGAGGGUCUUUGUGUUUAGGGUUUUUUUUUUUUUAGUGUAUGUUGUAGUAUAAUAAAGCCAGAAAGUCAUGUUCUGGUAAAUCAGUUCAUUAUGAAAGCAAAACUUAGGUAGGUUGGGUCAUACAAACAUCUCAGGACAGGCCUGGUCGGUUGCUUAGUCCUUCCACAUGAAACAAAUAGAAAACUUUAUUUUAAGUGACAUCCUGGAGAACUUUGCAGGUAAACACAGCUGGAGAGAACAUCUUUUUUUGUUAACUUUAUAGGCUUAUUGUUCAUUUAGCUAGUCAGGAAGUGGGUCACAGACAGGAUGAUAAUCAGAUGGAGACCUUGAACAACUACUUUUUUUUUUAAAAAAAGCAGCCUUUUACUGUCCCUCCUCUGACACCCACAGGUCAGUGACCAGUGGCAGGGUGUUGCAAACAGGUUGUCUCUCACAGGAACAAAGAGAGGAAGUGCUCUCAGAAGAGACUUAUCUUGCAAUUUUAGGUAGAAAAACUAACUAAAUGGGAGUAAUUUAUCAAACACUACUGUGUAUUUGUUGUCCUCAAAACAAGCUCGAAGCUAAUUCACUGUCAGUCAGUGCCAUUCCUUCAGACUGCAGUGCUGUCAUUCUCUCAACCAUUUUUGCAUUGCAUUAGGAGGUGACAUGGUGAAUUGGAAUGAAAAAGAAAGAACAGUUUUCUGUGACAUGUUUAAUAGGCAGUUUUCACUUUGAAGGAAUGAAAUAGUUCUUAAUGCUGAAAAUGAAUGAAUAUCGAUUAUGGAAUGGAAAUUACUGGCCAUUCAACUUUACACUACACUUUAUAUUACAACUCAAAGAUGCUUCCAGUUUGAAAUAAAGACUUGAUCUUACUUUAUUUAAUAUGGCAGCAUAGAUUAUUUGACUUAUUAACAUGUUAAUAUAUUUUUAAAAAAAUAUUGCUGUGCAAAGCCUGGAACUAGGCAUGUAACAAGCAUGAAGAAACUCCUGAAGAUGACAGUUUAUAGGCUUUCUGAGCCAACUGAAUGCUGAACCUCAGCCAAGCAGAGAGGAGAAACUAAUGGCAAAAAAAACCAAAAAACCUGUAGUGAAAUAGGAGUAGGAAGAGCUCAUCUGUAUGUGGCACUGCAGACAAAAGUGUCACUCCAUUGGGAUUGCUAAAGUAGUUUUUGGUAUGAGAAAUGGUGCAUUGGAAAAGUGUGUCAUCCUGUGUGUUGCCAUUCCCCAUCCCCUCCCAGGUAUUCACCAGUCCUGGUUACUGUAAUCUGCAAAGAAUUGUAGAAUUAAAGAAAUAAUCAUAGACAUGGAACCACUGAAGAAACUAACAGCCUUCUUGAGUGUCAGACAGCUGCCUUCUACAGAGUGUCAUUUUAUAAAACAAGUCCUUUGCUGCCUUUAGAUGGUUAUCUUUGUGGAUAUUAACUCAUAUUUUGGAGCUUUUGGACUCCUUUGAGUCUCUUCAGUUCUCUUGGAAAAAAACCUUCUGCUGCUUGGAACUACAGGGCUUCAGUAAAAAGCCCCUGUGAUUGUCAAGCAGUGAGUUUUGACACCUGACUCAGCUUUGCUUGUGUCAUCAGAUUUUCAGGAGUACCUGCUGGGUUGAUAGACAGUUUGAUGUGUGCCAGCUUGAGACACCAACGUGAUAUGCAGUAACACCUCCAUGCAGUGCAGCUUGUCCUGUGAGCCAGACUCUGAUCUCAUGAUGAGAACUAUGUUGAUUCCUGUAAGUUUAGUAGUAGCCUCUUUUCUAAAUCAUUUUUCAAGUAUAAAAUCACAUGGUGUAGUCAGGGAUUCUCAUAUAGCACUGCCAACUCUUUACCUCAGUACACUAUCAAUUCUGUAGCACAGGAGUGGUGGGUAGGGUGUUUCAGUAACAACCAUAAAGCAUCUGUGCCUACUUUUGUUAAUGGGUUUCUAACAGAUUUCUAGGGAGCAUCUGUUAAGGGACAGGAGGACUGGCAUGGUCUGGGCCAGACUUUGGCUGAGUUAAUACUGACUUCUGGGUGAGGACUGUCUUAGCCUAGUGAAGAAGUAAUUGGCAAGACAAUACAAGAUCUAAUGCUUUUUAAUAUUGCCUGUUUUGUAAUUAGGUGGGGUGAUCUCUGCUUUGUGCUGUGAAGUGGGCACUUCUUUGUUUUAACACUAAUCUUUUUUUACAUAGAUGGAAAUGAGUAAAGCCAGAAUAUUUGGAGCUGAAACUGCUGCUCUCCUAACCAGGUGAUACUUAAUCUUUGCUCAUCUGGGUGGUUGGACAGUUUAGCUUGAUUCUCAAUGUUUUUAUCUUUCUAAUGGCAUUUGGAAAGCAGUGUUGAAGCUUGUCUAUGUGUCUGUGCUUGUUUUCUUAUUGGGUGGGGAGUAUGGAGGUACUAGAUUGUCAGUGCUGGUGGUUCUGUGCCUGACUUGAAGAACUGUAUCACAGCCUGGCUUUUGGCCAAGGUCCCAAGGUUGUAUCUUCUGUCCCAUGUGAAAAUAUUCACAGCUGGAGAGAAAAAAAGGAGCAGCACUGACUUCCAAGGUGGAUGUUGUGGUUAAAAAGCCGAAGUAUGUUGGAAGGGAGCAAGAGAGGGGAGCUAUUUUCUACACAGAUCCCAAAAGCUGAUGGUGCUUGGAGACUGAUUGUUGAAUUGAAAUGCCAUCUGCAUUGACCCCUGAAGCUUUGAGUGACUCCAGAGAGCUAUUGGCUGUGAGUUGGCAGCAGCAGGCUGGCAAGGCUGCACACCCUUCCAUUGUAAAUCUCUCUUCAUCUGUUCAUAACUGAGUGAUAAAACUCAACUCCUACUGAAACAUGGUAUGCAGAUCUCUGGCCAAACAGUGUCUUACUCCUUUCCAGCAGCUACUUAACCUUUCUUCAAGGUACCAGAGCAUGAGAAGCGUUUCAGGGGAACAGCUAGGUAAGAGACUGUUGCCUUUAUCUGAAUAAAAACUGAACUGAUGGAGAGCAAAAUUUUUGUAUAAAUAGGACCUGACAGAGCAUCUUAGGAGGGAGGAAGCAUUUUGAAUAGCACUGCUUCUCUGCUGAUACUUCUCAUCAAUCUCUUGUGCUGAGCUUGAGUGCAGGUGGUUGGGCACAAAAUCUGAGAGAAGGUAGGAGGGAGAGGGGGGAUGUGGAAGAGAAAUGAUCUUUUGGUAGUUCAGAAGACUUGGAAAGCAUGCUUGGUGGACCUAGGUUUGGAAGUGUCUGUUCAAACUCACCUUUGCGUUGAAGCCAGUAACAGUCUUUAGGAUAAUGAGUGUUUUUUCCAGUGAACAGGCUUCGUUAUCUGGCAUGUGUAAUGAGCUUGAAUUGAUGAAACAUGUUAAACAGUAUUUCUGGAGACUCCACGUAACAAAAUGGCUAGUAUUUAUUGCUCUUGUGAUGAGUUGUCUUGUUUAUGGAAUCAAUAUGUAUUAAAGCAAACUGACAGAAAACAAAGUUAUCUCGUGACACAAUCAUGUAGCUAGGAAGCCAAUUAAUGUUUCCUUUUAUUCUGCAAUUUACUUGCUCUCUGGUGCCUAUGCAUUGUAACACACAUACUAUGCAAUAUCAUUCUUUGUUUUUAAACCAGUUCACUGCAUUGGGCAAGAAAGGCCUGAGUUUAGCCUUAAUUUUCUAACAAAUCACAGGAAAGUACUUUAAAAACAGUGACAGACUAAAAGAAGGUGAAAAAUGCAUAAAGUAAAAGCACAUUUCCAGACUGCUCACAUAAGUGUCUUUCUAGCACCAAAACAGCAUCCAUGAUAGAAGCAGCUACUUGCUGUAAUAGUUUCAAUUUAUGAAAACUGUGUACUAGAUAAAAUUAUAUUGUGAUGUGUAAAAAGUGUAUUUUAUAGCUUUGGUGACUUAGUUUACUGUUUUGUAUAUAUGAAUUUUAUAAAUCUAUUAAAACUUGACUUGUUAUACUGUUCUUCAUGGGUUUCAUCUUUCAACAGAGUCUAAAGUGAGUUUUUUUUGCUUUGCUCAGAAUUUUUCUGCAGAAGAGCUGCUUUUUGAAUAAAUUACACCAUGGACUGCAUGAAA